CAGUGCAAAGUAUGCAGAGGCCUCAUAUGACUCCGCGCUCGCCGGAGAGGCGGCUGCUAUAGCUAGAGACGGAGAGAAGCGUACUGUAGCUGCGCCGGUCAGCUCGCCACGGCAGCGCUGCACUGAUGCGCAGGUCGUGCUUGCACACGACACCCCGAGCACCGAGCGGCCAGCGAACGGCGGCUCGAGGGCGAGGCCUCAUCUCUGCUGCGGCACUAAGAACGGCGGCCCGCGCCGCCAUCACCAUCGAGACUCCGCGGCCGCGUCAUUUGGCUCAGACGGCUGUCCUGGAGUGCCCCCGCACAAGCAGCGCAGAGCGGAAAGCGCAAUCGCUGCGACCCCACGUGCUACAAGCCGGUCGAGGGUGGUCUGAGCACGCUCCCUCCGUACCGCUCCGUUGCUCCUGGUUGUCGCUCGACAGCAGCAGACCCACAGCCGCCACGGCCGCUACGGCCCGCCGUUCAGGGGCCGGGACGAGGUGGGUGCCGUGACGCGCAGCACCAUCGACCCACGCGAGAAGCAGCUCAACGUGCCGAAGCGCCACAAGGUCGCCAUCUUCCGCGAGCA